AGACUGGGAAAGGGGCCGGACCCCUUCAACUCCUUUCAAGUUCUUAUCCCCACAGGCAGCCCCUGAGGGACACAGUGGCAUUCUGGGAGAAUGUCACUGUGGAGUCAGUGUGUAGCAGUUUGUACUCACACAGAGGAAGCUUCAGAAGUACGUUAAGAGAGCCCUUGCAGAAGAUGAAAGUUUGCUGAGCAGAGAGGACCCUUCAUAUUCCUGACAAAUUUAUGGGCAGACGGUCUGCUGACAGAGUCAAUUUUCAUAGCCAUGUUGGGGUGGAAGCAACACGACUAGAUGCUCAUUCUGAAAUGGGGAACACUGAAAUUCUGGAAAAGGAGACUUCAGAGAGUCUCAGUAACGGCACCAACAGCAAUGUGGAAGCAGCCAAAAGACUGGCCAAACGCCUGUACCAUCUAGACAGAUUCAAAAGAUCGGACGUCGCGAAACAUCUAGGCAAGAACAAUGAAUUCAGCAAACUAGUUGCAGAGGAGUAUCUGAAGUUCUUUGAUUUUACAGGGAUGACUCUGGAUCAGUCUCUCAGGUAUUUCUUUAAGGCAUUUUCUCUUGUGGGAGAAACCCAGGAACGAGAGAGAGUAUUGAUUCACUUCUCCAAUAGAUAUUUUUAUUGUAAUCCAGAUAUGAUUGCUUCACAAGAUGCAGUCCACUGCCUCACCUGUGCAAUGAUGCUUCUCAACACCGAUCUUCAUGGCCAUAAUUGGCAGGAGCCAGCCACCAGGUGCUGUGCUUAGAUGAGGUGGAGUGUG